AAUUUCACAAGUCAACUUGUUAAUAACUGCACUAAACUACCCACAUUUAAUAUUUAAAUCACUAUUUCACCAUCAUAAAUUAAAACAUUGUCUUUCACUUCUUUUUAUAUAUCUCUUUAGAUUUUAUAAUAGCACUUAAAUUAAAAUACUAAAUAUUUUAUAUGAUAAUUUUAUGUAAUAUAUGAAACCAGUAAUAUCUCUUAACUAUAAGCCACUAAUUAAACAUUAUAAUUAAAAUAAUGAAACCAUUUAUGAUAUUCUGAAUAAUAUAACAUAUAUCAUUUUCAAUUAUCAGAAAUUAGAAUAUAUCUCACUGCCUCUCUUAGAUUUCAUAUGACUAAGCUAUUCUUAUCUAACAAAUCAAAACAUCACAAUUAAAUGUUAAUUUGAGAUAUAAAUAGAAGAUUUGACUUUAGAUAUAAGUAAGUCCAUAAAUAAAAACAUCAUUAAUGAAAUGGUUAAUGAAAUACUUAUAUAAAGAACAAUUAACUAUAGUAUACAACAUUGUCUUCCUCCUCUGGUCGUCUUCUUCCUUAAACAGACACAGAGCUUGAGCUACACUACACACAGAGAAGUAGCAUUCUCAAGUGUUUUUACAUACGAUGCUUUGGAUUACAGAAUUCUCCGGCUUCUUCUCCGCUGCUUUAGCGGUGAUCCUCCUCUCUCCGUCACUCCAGUCCUUUUCUCCGGCGGCGGCAAUCCGAUCUUCCCACCUCGACGCCUACUUCAGACCAUCACCAUCAGCCUCUGAUCACUCCGUCCGCAACUUCUCGUACAGAGAGUCUCCGAUACUCCGUAACGCCGACGAAUGCAGAUUCUCCGGCGGUGAUCCCGGCGUCUGCAACCCUUCUUACGUCCACGUGGCAAUCACUCUCGACUUCGUGUACCUUCGCGGCUCGAUCGCCGCCGUGAACUCCGUCCUCCAACACUCGGCUUGCCCGGAGAGCAUCUUCUUCCACUUCCUCGUCUCGGAAACAAGCCUCGAAUCCGUGAUCAGAUCAACGUUCCCGAGGCUCAAUUUCAAGAUUUACUAUUUUGCCCCUGAGAGGGUGCAGUCUUUGAUAUCCUCCUCCGUGAGGCAAGCGCUCGAGCAGCCGUUGAACUACGCGAGGAACUACCUCGGAGAGCUGCUCGAGCCUUGCGUGGACCGGAUCAUAUACCUAGACUCGGAUAUCGUCGUCAUCGACGAUAUCCUGAAUCUAUGGAAAACGGGUCUAGGCCCGAGCACGAUCGGGGCUCCGGAGUAUUGCCACGCGAACUUCACGAGCUACUUCAACGGAGCGUUCUGGUUCGACGAGAGGUUUAACGAGACGUUCAAAGGGAGGAAGCCUUGCUACUUCAACACGGGAGUGAUGGUGAUGGAUUUGAAGAAAUGGAGACGGUUCGGGUACACGGAGACGAUCGAGAAGUGGAUGGAGAUUCAGAAGGCGGAGAGGAUUUACGAGCUGGGCUCUCUUCCCGCGUAUCUACUCGUGUUCGCUGGUCAUGUUGCUCCGAUUUCGCAUCGGUGGAAUCAGCAUGGACUCGGUGGGGAUAAGGUUAAAGGUAGUUGCCGUGAUAUGCAUGAGGGUCCGGUGAGUUUGCUUCAUUGGUCUGGUAGUGGCAAGCCAUGGUCUAGGAUUGAUGCGAAGCAUCCGUGUCCUUUGGACUCAUUGUGGGAACCUUAUGACUUGUACAAACGUUCCCAUUGA